GGAAAGGGCGUGGUCUGGGUCACAUGAUCUCCAGCAUGGGGAGGCUCGGAGCGGCGGUGCUGCUGUUGUUGGGAUCCGCUGUGGCAGCUGGCAGUGCCCCAGAGCCUGGGAAAGAGGCUUGGGGAUAUGUCUCCAUCCGUCAGGAUGCUAACAUGUUCUGGUGGCUUUACUACGCAAACAGUCCAACUGAAAACUUCACCGCCUUGCCUCUCGUUAUGUGGCUACAGGGUGGCCCAGGAGCCUCUGGCUGUGGAUUUGGAAACUUUAAAGAAAUUGGCCCCCUCAACACCGAUUUGAAUCCCAGGAACAACUCGUGGGUGACAGCUGCCAGUUUGCUGUUUGUAGAUAAUCCCGUGGGUACUGGGUACAGUUACACCACUGAUGCUAAAGCAUUCGCCAAAGACCUCUCCAUGAUUGUAACAGACAUGAUGGUUCUGCUGAAGGAAUUCUUCAACAUGAAGCCAGAAUUCCAGAACAUUCCAUUCUACAUUUUCGCUGAAUCCUAUGGUGGUAAAAUGGCAGCUGGUAUUUCUCUGGAGUUGAUUAAGGCAGUCCAGCUCAAUCAAAUCAAGUGUCGUUUCGCUGGUGUGGCUUUAGGAGAUUCCUGGAUCUCACCUCUGGAUUCCGUCCUGUCGUGGGGGCCCUACCUGUACAGCAUUUCUCUGCUUGAUGACCAGGGGUUGGCUGAGGUCAAUUCUUAUGCUGAGAGAGUGCAGGCAGCGAUUGAAGCUGGCGAUUUUCAGCACGCGACUGAACUCUGGUCUGUAACAGAGAGAGUUGUUGAGCAAAAUACAGAUGGAGUGAACUUUUACAACAUAAUGACCAAACAGACAGACUCCAACUCUCCUCAAAUCGUGCCACUGAUGAGGAACUCCCAACUAGUCAGUCUUUACAAUCGCCACAUCGUCCCCCUGCAAAGUACCAGCCUAGACUGGCUGAUGAAUGGGCCUAUCAGAAAGAAGCUGAAAAUCAUCCCAGACUUUGUGAAGUGGGGAGGUCAGUCUAAUGAAGUUUUCUCCAAUAUGGAAGGCGAUUUCAUGAGGCCAGUAAUCGACAUCAUUGAUAAGCUGCUUCUUGCCGAUGUGAAUGUCACAGUUUAUAAUGGACAACUUGACCUGAUUGUGGACACCCUAGGGCAGGAAAUGUGGGUGAAGAAGCUGAAAUGGCCAGGCCUUUCUCCAUUCUCCAGGCUGCGAUGGAAACCUGUGUACACUCCAUCCAAACCCUCCGAUACUGCUGCAUUCUAUAAACAAUACCAGAACUUUGCCUUCUUCUGGAUCCUAAAAGCUGGUCAUAUGAUUCCAUCCGACCAGGGAGAGAUGGCACUGAAACUGUUACGGAUGGUGACAGGACAGGUGAAGCCAUAAGAAUGCUGUUCAAAUCAAUGAUUAGCUUGUGGUAUUAACCCACAAGAUUUCAGGUUGGAAUUACUCAGGUAGAGAAGGCCAUUCAGUGAAGAAUGUCCCAGAUAAUGGCACCUUGCUAAAACCCACUAUUGUUGCUCCUGGUGCACAGAGCAGGAAUGUAAUCGCUGUCAGAAUCAUCUUUUCUCGAUUAAAAUGAACUCUGAUA